AUGGCAAAAGCAAACUAUGGAUACUACAGAGGCACUAUAUUUCUGGCCAUGUUUGUGGGCUACACGCUGUACUACUUUAACAGAAAGACUUUUUCCUUUGUGAUGCCCUCGCUUAUGCAAGAAAUUAAGCUGGACAAGGAUGACCUGGGCAUGAUCACCAGUAGUCAGUCUUUGGCCUACGCUAUCAGCAAGUUCAUCAGCGGCGUGCUUUCGGACCAGAUCAGUGCCCGCUGGCUCUUCUCCAUUGGCCUGUUCAUGGUGGGAGGCAUCAACGUGGUCUUCUCUUGGUCCUCCACUGUCGCUGUCUUCUCUGCACUGUGGUUUCUCAAUGGUCUGGGACAAGGCCUGGGCUGGCCUCCCUGUGGCAGGGUGCUGCGGAAGUGGUUCGAGCCCUCUCAGUUCGGGACAUGGUGGGCAGUUCUCUCCUGCAGCAUGAAUCUUGCCGGCAGCUUGGGCCCCAUUAUCGCCACGGUUCUGGCCGAGAGUUACAGCUGGAGAGCAAUACUCUCUGUCUCCGGGAUGAUUUGUGUGGCACUCUCCUUUGUGUGCCUGCUGGUUAUCAAGAACGAGCCUAAGGAUGUGGGGCUGCCCAACAUAGAGGCAGUGGCCAAGAAGAGCAAAGGAGGAUCCUCCAGCGAUGAGAGCACCCUGUCUGAGUUCCUGCUGUCACCCUACCUGUGGCUGCUGUCCGUGUCCUACCUCGUGGUGUUUGGGGUGAAGACAGCCUGCACUGACUGGGGCCAGCUGUUCCUCAUCCAGGACAAGGGCCAGUCCACACUCAUGGGGAGCUCAUACAUGAGCGCUUUGGAGGUUGGAGGCCUGUUGGGGAGUCUUGCAGCAGGAUACUUCUCUGACAAGGCUGUGGCCAAACAAGGGAUGAGAAUCUAUGGCAAUCCUCGACAUUUCAUCCUGAUCUGCAUGAUGGCUGGAAUGUUUGUGUCCAUGUACCUGUUCAGAGUCACAGUUACUCCUGACAGCUCAAAGGUGUGGAUACUCAGCUUGGGUGCAGCUUUUGGAUUCUCCUCUUAUGGACCAAUAGCAUUGUUUGGAGUUAUAGCCAAUGAAAGUGCCCCAUCUAACUAUUGUGGGACAUCACAUGCCAUUGUUGCCCUGAUGGCCAACAUCGGUGGCUUUCUUUCCGGACUACCAUUCAGCACCAUUGCCAAGCACCACGGCUGGGAAAUGGCCUUCUGGGUAGCAGAGAUCGUCUGUUUAGUCACCGCCAUCGGAUUCUUCCUGCUACGUAACAUCCGAACCAAGAUGGGACACGUGUCCAAGAAGGCAGACUAACAUCAUUACGCCUCAUCCUCUGCCCUCAGAGGAAAACGGAAAAAUUUGAGCCCUGAUUGUAUUUUCAUAUUUUUUCUGAGUAGAUUUUUUUAUACCACAAUGUUUCCACUGUCAGUUUUGCAUUACAUAAACAGGAAUCAAGCUGAGCACUUUGUCUUCAAAAAACCUGUUGUGCAAGGUGCUUCUUUAUACAAAGUAUUUACAGCCUGAACGUGGUCAAUCAGUUACUUGGCAAGGAAAGGUAAAUGAUGACUGCACAUUAUGUAAAUCACAUAAUGAAUUGUGGCAAAAACAAAAUUACGCACAGUUUACUCUUCAAAGGCCACUGCAAUAUGUCAAUGGUAAGAGUGCCAAACUAAAGCCUGGUUUAAAAAAUGGUACACUAAACAUCUGGGUUAAAAAAAGAAAUGUUAUAAUCAUGAAUGGACGUAUAAGACUUACACAAUACUUUCUGAAAAACGCACAAUGUGUGGGCUGCAUUAUGAGAGCAGUCAAAGGCUUGAAUAAAUUAUACUUUGUUGUUA